CCUGGGCGUGUCUGGAGCUCCGCGGAGGGAAGUUGCUUGAAGUUGUAAGAGGCUACUCAGAGCUGCGAGAUCCGACCGCCCUCCCCCCCUCCUCCUCCUCCUCCUCCUCCUCCUGCACUUAAGUCAAUAGAAACUUCAUUUUUCUUCUUGCAACCCGGAGGAGCUUUCCCCCAGACUACCCCCGUCAUGGCUGAAGACCAGCCUCAGGUGGAGCUCUUUGUAAAGCCAUCCACCUGAGAGGUUUAUCUUCACAUUAAACUCUCCCCCGCACUCUCAGCCAUGUGACUAUCUUCCCAGAAGGGAGAGUAAAGGCUGGCAGUGAUGGAGCCAAAAUUGGGAACUGCCCCUUCUCUCAGCGGCUCUUCAUGGUCCUUUGGCUCAAGGGAGUGACCUUCAAUGUCACCACAGUGGACACCAAAAGGAGGACUGAGACGGUGCAGAAGCUGUGUCCUGGAGGUCAGCUGCCGUUCUUGAUGUACGGCCACGAGGUCCACACAGACACCAACAAGAUCGAGGAGUUUCUGGAAGAGGUUCUGUGCCCUCCCAGGUACCCCAGACUGGCUGCUCGCAACCCAGAGUCCAACACAGCUGGGCUUGAUGUCUUUGCCAGGUUUUCUGGCUACAUCAAGAACUCAAAUCCAGCCCUUGACUGCAACCUUGAGAAAGGUUUGCUGAAGGCUCUGAAGGUGCUGGACAACUAUUUGAUGACGCCGCUCCCUGAGGAGGUGGACGAGAACAGUGCUGAGGACGAGGGCCAGUCGAACCGCAAAUUCCUCGACGGGGAUGAACUCACACUGGCCGACUGCAACCUGCUGCCGAAGCUUCACAUUGUCAAGGUAGUGUGCAAAAAAUACCGCGGUUUCGUCAUCCCCGAAGAAUUCCGCGGCAUUCACCGUUACCUCAAGAAUGCUUAUGCCCGCGAGGAAUUUGCCAGCACCUGCCCGGACAAUGAAGAAAUCGAAAUAGCUUAUGAGCUGGUUGCCAAAGCUUUGAAAUAACAAACUUCAGCAGAUGGAAAAGGAUUGGGGAGGGGGGGGGCUUCCGUACCAGGAUAAUGGGGGAGGGGACCAUUGGAUAAUAUUUUUAUGUACGGGCUUGCGUUUGGGGGUGAGGAAUGUCUUGUUUCCCAAGCAGGAACAAACCCAUUUUGAAUUUAAAUGUAAAUGAGAAUAAAAUGCAUGUUUUUAAAAACACCACAUUUUGUUUUGUACCUCCCCCCCCCCCCCAAAAAAAAAGUAGCCAAAAAUAAUGUAUCAGUUAAAAGCAAUUGUAGCCUGUGUUGGGGGUGAUUUUCACUACUAUAACAGUAAAGCGUUGGACAGUUCAGCAAAAGGGUGGAGCUAAGAAGUAGGGCCGUCGCCAUUGGUGUAAUAAGCCUUGAAGUGGAUUGUGGGUAAAAUAUUCUGAGGGGUUAAUUGAGGGUCAGAGGUGGGUAAUGUUUGGCAUGCUGGAAUCCUGCUCUUGAUUUCUAGAGAUCACCUUGCUCCAGUUUUUUUUAAAGGGAUCUCUGGUAUGGGAAAGCAAUUUCUCUACCUGAGAUCGUGGACAGCCACUUCCCCUCCAAGUAGAAUACCAAGUCCCAUAGCUCCCCGGUGGCUUGAAAGCCAUGUGUGGCUCUUCCGAGCCCCCUUCCCCAUUAUCUGCCCCAUAUUUCAGGCAGGUGUGGUUGGCAGGUGGUUCCCCCAUUGAAACUGCUGCCCGAGGGAUGGGUAACCUGUGAGCCAUCCUGAGGCGCAGGCCUGAUGCCAGGGAUGGAAAUCAAUGUGGCUGUUUCGGUUGAUGGCAACUGCUAACGUGGCUCUCCGCAGCCAUGGAGUGAGUGCCACACAAGCCAGAUGAGCCUGUGGCGUAAGAGAGCUUUGUGUAUUCAGUUUGUUGUGUGACCAGAUCUGUGGCUGAGUGUUCGAGCACAAUUCUUUCCACACACAAAUUCAGUCCUUGGUGAAAAGAUCUCAGGAAGUGGGUGUUGCCACAGAUACUUUUUCCUGAUACCGUCAGUUCUUCUAGGUCAGGAUUGUUCAAUCUCUGACUCUGUAUAUGGCAGUAUCACAUGUUCAUAUAGCCCCGUGGUGGUGAACCGUUGGCACUCCAGAUGUUAUGGACUACAAUUCCCAUCAGCCCCUGCCAGCAUGGUCAAUUGGCCAUGCUGGCAGGGGCUGGUGGGAAUUGUAGUUCAUAACAUCUGGAGUGCCAAAGGUUCGCCACCACUGAUAUAGCCUGUGGUUGGCUGCCUAGGGUCAGGAGGUUAGAAACGUUCAGAGGUUCAUUGGGUUUUGAUUGUGUACCGUUGGCCAACGGCCAAAUGGCUACCAUUGUCGGAUGCGCUGUGGAAACCGUUACUGCUGACUAGAAUUUGAUGCCUUAGUGGGUCUCGAAUAGCAGUUUGAAAUAUUUGGCUGUGGAUUUUUUUAUCAUGAAAAAACUCGAGUUAUUUAUGUCACGAAAAAACCAAAGAUUUCAAAACGUUGCAGAUGUGUAGAAUGUGGUGUCAACCGGGCUGUGAGGGAAUACAGGAUCUCCCCUUUUAAUUUACUCUCAGCUGUUCUUAACGGUCUCCGCUCUGGAGGCAUUUCCGGUCCUCUACAGGCCUUUUCUUAAGGCUCCCCUUUUCUUCAGCUUGAUGGGUAAAGAAUGUACAAAUGAUUUCUGUUUAAAUUGAGCUGAAUUUCAGUUUGACGCUUUGGUUGGUCCUGAAUAUCAGUUUGAAAUGUUUUGAGUAUAAAUUUUUUCUGUCAUGAAAAACUCAGACGUUCUUUACAUUGCAAUAGAAAUUAUUAAUAAAAUUAUUAUAGUGCUGCCAA